GUCCUGGCGGCGGCGGCGGCGGCGGCGCGGGACGCGUCACAUCCCCUUGACCCUCCAAUCACCUCGGGCUCCCAUUUGAUUGGAAGGCGGCAAAGGCUUUAAUCUCCCCCUCGGUGCAGCUGCUUUUGAAGUGAGUUUCCUCGCCAGAGCCCCGGCUGGACAGGCAGUGGCUCACACCGCAGAGUGCAGCGCCAGCGCCAGCGCCGGGCCGCGAGUGCGCAGCGCAGCAGCACAGCCCGAAGCAGAUACGGAGAGCCACCCAGCAGUCCCGCAGUCUGGCCGGCUCCUCCCGGUCGGCCCCGGCUCCGCAGCGGGCCACCCAGGAUUAUUCGCUUCUGGCUCCAGGCGCCGAGAAGGCGCGCUGGGCGCGGGUGGCCGCUGCGCCAGCUCCUCCUCCUCCUGCUGCUCCAGCUCCCCGGGCGAGCGCGCAGCCCGGAGCCCGCCCCGAGCCUCCUGGAGCCCUCCCCCCGCUGCUCCCAUGCGCGCGGGUGGGUCAUGAGCACAGCGCCCUCGCUUUCUGCCCUAAGAAGCAGUAAGCACAGCGGCGGCGGCGGCGGCGGCGGCGGCGGCGGCAGUGCGGACCCUGCCUGGACCAGCGCACUCUCUGGAAAUAGCUCCGGCCCCGGCCCAGGCUCGUCCCCGGCCGGCAGCACCAAGCCUUUUGUGCACGCUGUGCCCCCUUCUGACCCUCUUCGCCAGGCUAACAGGCUGCCCAUCAAGGUGUUGAAGAUGCUGACCGCACGGACUGGCCACAUUUUGCACCCUGAGUACCUGCAGCCCCUGCCUUCCACUCCCGUCAGCCCUAUUGAGCUUGAUGCUAAGAAGAGCCCACUGGCACUGUUGGCGCAAACAUGCUCGCAGAUCGGGAAGCCCGACCCUUCGCCCUCCUCCAAACUCUCUUCUGUCGCCUCCAAUGGGGGCGGCGCGGGCGGUGCCGGCAGCGGCGCCGGGAGUGACAAGGAUGGAAAGUCGGGGCCCCUCAAGCUGAGUGACAUCGGUGUGGAGGACAAAUCUAGUUUCAAGCCGUACUCCAAACCCGGCUCGGAUAAGAAGGAGCCGGGAGGCAGCGGCGGAGGCGGCGGCGGCGGGGGUGGUGGUGGCGGCGGGGGGGUUUCCGCGGAGAAGUCCGGAUUCCGAGUACCGAGCGCCACCUGCCAGCCAUUCACGCCCAGGACAGGCAGCCCAAGCUCCAGCGCCUCGGCCUGCUCACCAGGAGGCAUGCUGCCUUCGGCUGGGGGCGGCCCGGAGGGCAAGGACGACAAGAAGGACCCCGACUCAGGUGGCAGCGGUGGCAGCAGCAAGGGCUCCGGGGGUGUCUCGGCCGAAGGGGCACCCACAGGGCUGGCACACGGCCGGAUUAGCUGCGGCGGCGGAAUUAAUGUGGACGUGAACCAGCACCCAGAUGGGGGCCCCGGGGGCAAGGCUUUAGGCUCGGACUGUGGCGGUUCAUCGGGCUCCAGCUCCGGCUCGGGCCCCAACGCACCAACCUCGUCCUCGGUGCUGGGCUCUGGGCUGGUGGCGCCAGUAUCUCCCUACAAGCCAGGUCAGACAGUGUUCCCUCUGCCUCCCGCGGGCAUGACCUACCCAGGCAGCCUGGCGGGGGCCUACGCUGGCUACCCACCCCAGUUCCUGCCACACGGCGUGGCGCUCGACCCUACCAAGCCCGGCAGCCUGGUGGGGGCGCAGCUGGCGGCGGCCGCGGCGGGCUCUCUGGGCUGCAGUAAGCCGGCUGGCUCGAGCCCCUUGGCCGGGGCGUCGCCGCCUUCCGUGAUGACAGCCAGUUUGUGCCGGGACCCGUACUGCCUCAGCUACCACUGCGCCAGCCACCUGGCGGGGGCUGCGGCAGCCAGCGCAUCUUGUGCCCACGAUCCAGCUGCUGCAGCAGCGGCGCUCAAGUCCGGAUACCCGCUGGUGUACCCCACGCAUCCUCUGCACGGUGUGCACUCAUCGCUAACGGCUGCGGCCGCUGCCGGGGCCACACCACCCUCCCUGGCCGGCCACCCCCUCUACCCUUACGGCUUCAUGCUCCCUAACGACCCGCUUCCCCACAUCUGCAACUGGGUGUCGGCUAACGGGCCGUGCGACAAGCGCUUCGCCACGUCCGAAGAGCUGCUGAGCCACUUGCGGACCCAUACGGCUUUCCCCGGGACAGACAAACUGCUGUCGGGCUACCCCAGCUCGUCGUCUCUGGCCAGCGCUGCAGCGGCCGCCAUGGCUUGCCACAUGCACAUCCCCACAUCGGGCGCUCCGGGAAGCCCUGGGACGCUGGCGCUGCGCAGCCCCCACCACGCGCUGGGACUCAGCAGCCGCUACCACCCCUACUCCAAGAGCCCGCUCCCCACACCCGGCGCUCCAGUGCCGGUGCCGGCUGCCACCGGACCCUACUACUCCCCCUACGCCCUCUACGGACAGAGACUGACCACGGCUUCGGCGCUGGGGUAUCAGUGAGGGACUGUCGAGAGGGCUAGCCAGGGAAAGAAAGGAGCUGGGGGCAGGGGAGGAGCCGAGGGAGGGGCGGGAACUGGGAGAAGUUAAUGUCACCCGUGAGUGCGGAUGACCCGGGCCAGGAAAGGAAAAAAAUAUAUAUAUACCGUAUCUAUCUACCGGAAACAGCGACGGAGACCCGGUGAAACUCCCCUUUCCCCCACCUCACCUCCCCACCCAAACUUUAUAAAAGUUGAAAAAAAUAUCAUUUGACUUUUUAUAGAGAAGGAAGGAAAAAUAAUUGAGAAAGUGUUCAUCUGAGGACUGCAUCGAUGGACACUGGUAUUUAUUUAUGUUAGCUCCAAGCGGACCCGUGGUUCUAAAGUGCAUUAUUUAGUUUGAGCUCCGUAGAUAAAAAAGGAAGGGGGGGGGAUUAAAAAGCAAGAGGGGGUAAAUUUAAAAAUGGAAAACAAACCCUCCCGUCCCUUGUAGAUUAUAAAUAAAUACAAAACCGCCACAGAACUAGAGGUCUUCUCUUUAAUGUUACUUUAAAAUUGCUAUGGUUGUAUUGUACGUUCUUAUUUAAUGUCUGAUUGAAACAAUUUACAUGCAUGUUUGUUACAAAAAA